AACUUGCACUUCACAGAAAAUUAACUAUGAUAGCUGUGUAGAGGAAGAGCAUUGCAGCAUGGUGAAAACAUGAGACCUGGCUUCGAGUCCUACAUCUGCCCCUUCGAGCUUUGGUUCCAGUAAUAUUGGUUUGGCAGAACCUACUUUACAAUGUCGUGAGAGAAUGGGGUGCCUGGUGUAGAGCUUUCUAAAACGAACUUUUCCAACAACAAUGAUUUCCGUGCUCUUCUGCAGUCUCUGUAUGCUACUUUUAAGGAGUUCAAAAUGCAUGAGCAGAUUGAAAAUGAGUACAUUAUUGGUUUGCUUCAACAACGCAGCCAGACCAUUUAUAAUGUACAUUCUGACAAUAAACUCUCUGAGAUGCUUAGUCUCUUUGAAAAGGGACUGAAGAAUGUUAAGAAUGAAUGUGAGCAGUUAAAUUAUGCAAAACAGCUGAAAGAGAGAUUGGAGGCUUUUACAAGAGAUUUUCUUCCUCACAUGAAAGAGGAAGAGGAGGUUUUUCAGCCAAUGUUAAUGGAAUAUUUUACCUAUGAAGAGCUUAAGGAUAUUAAGAAGAAAGUGAUUGCACAACACUGCUCUCAGAAGGACACCGCAGAACUCCUUAGAGGUCUUAGCCUGUGGAAUCAAGCUGAGGAGAGACAGAAGUUUUUUAAAUAUUCUGUGGAUGAAAAGUCAGAUAAAGAAGCGGAAGUGUCAGAACAAGCCACAGGUAUAACCCAUCUUCCUCCUGAGGUAAUGCUGUCAAUUUUCAGUUAUCUUAAUCCUCAAGAAUUGUGUCGAUGCAGUCAAGUAAGCACUAAAUGGUCUCAGCUCGCAAAAACUGGAUCGCUUUGGAAACAUCUUUACCCUGUUCAUUGGGCUAGAGGUGACUGGUAUAGUGGUCCAGCAACUGAACUUGAUACUGAACCUGAUGAGGAAUGGGUGAAAAAUAGAAAAGAUGAAAGUCGUGCUUUUCAGGAGUGGGAUGAAGAUGCUGAUAUAGAUGAAUCUGAAGAGUCUGCAGAGGAAUCAAUUGCUAUCAGCAUUGCGCAAAUGGAAAAACGUUUACUUCAUGGCUUAAUUCAUAAUGUUCUACCAUAUGUCGGAACUUCGGUAAAAACUAUAGUAUUAGCAUACAGCUCUGCAGUUUCCAGCAAAAUGGUUAGGCAGAUUUUAGAACUUUGUCCUAACUUGGAGCAUCUGGAUCUGACCCAGACUGACAUUUCAGAUUCUGCAUUUGACAGUUGGUCUUGGCUUGGUUGCUGCCAGAGCCUUCGGCAUCUUGAUCUGUCUGGAUGUGAAAAAAUCACAGAUGUGGCUCUAGAGAAGAUUUCUAGAGCCCUUGGAAUUCUGACAUCUCAUCAGAGUGGCCUUUUAAAAACUACGAGCAAAAUUACUUCGACUACAUGGAAAAAUAAAGACAUUACCAUGCAGUCCACCAAGCAAUACACUUGUUUGCACGAUUUAACUAACAAAGGUAUUGGAGAAGAAAUGGAUAAUGAACACCCCUGGACUAAGACCGUUUCUUCUGACAGUUUCACUUCUCCAUAUGUGUGGAUGUUAGAUGCUGAAGAUUUGGCUGAUAUUGAAGAUGCUGUAGAAUGGAGACAUAGAAAUGUUGAAAGUCUUUGUGUAAUGGAAACAGCAUCCAACUUUAGUUGUUCCUCCUCUGGUUGUUACAGUAAAGAUAUUGUUGGAUUAAGGACUAGUGUCUGUUGGCAGCAGCAUUGUGCUUCUCCAGCCUUUGCAUAUUGUGGUCAUUCAUUUUGUUGUACAGGAACAGCUCUAAGAACUAUGUCAGCACUCCCAGAGUCUUCUGCAUUGUGUAAAAAAGCAUCAAGGACUAGAUUGCUUAGAGGACAAGACUUAAUUUACUCUGGGAGUGAAAAAUCUGAACAAGAGACUGGACGUGUACUUCUGUUUCUCAGUCUGUCUGGAUGUUAUCAGAUCACAGACCAUGGUCUCAGGGUUUUGACUCUGGGAGGAGGGCUGCCUUAUUUGGAGCACCUUAAUCUCUCUGGUUGUCUUACUGUAACUGGUGCAGGCCUGCAGGAUUUGGUUUCAGCAUGUCCUUCUCUAAAUGAUGAAUACUUUUACUACUGUGACAACAUUAACGGUCCUCAUGCUGAUACCGCCAGCGGAUGCCAGAAUUUGCAGUGUGGUUUUCGAGCCUGCUGCCGCUCUGGCGAAUGACCCUUGACUCCUGACCUUUGUCUACUUCAUUUAGCUGAGCAGGCUUCCUUUCAUGCACUUUACUUACAGCACAUUUCUUGUGUUAACCAUCCCUUUUUGAGUGUGACUUGUUUUGGCCCCAUUUCUUCAGUCUCAGAAAUCUUAAUUUACCAGUCCGUUGUACAGUGUUGUUUCUCUUGCAAAUCAUAUUUUUGUUUUAGAAAGGGGUUAGAUCUUUCCGUAAGGGUGAGAACAGUUUUAUCGGUUUUCUUUUAAAUGGAAUGCUUUGAAAAGAAUGUCACUAAUGCCAUGCCAUUUAAAGUAUUUUUUAGAUUAAUUUGAGUUUUAAAGUCAGUGGGGUUAUUGAUUCUCCUUAUAUAUAAACACUGUACCAAGCUUUGCAGAUCUUUUCAAACAUACAUUUUUGAAGUUUUAUUUUCAAAGAUUGCACAUUUUUGAAAACCAGUCUUUUUUCCAUGUUUCCUUUGUUUGAGCAAUUCUCAGAGGGCCAAUUCAAACAUACCCACAUACAAGAGUCUUUAGGAUAAUAGAAUAAAUUGGCUUCUUGGUGUUAGCUCAGUGAGCUAGCAAAGUACCAAUGUAUUUGUAUUUGCUUUCUUCAAAUACUCCUGGUUCCUACCACUGUCCCUAAAUUGUCAAAUUUGGGAGGGAUUUUUAAAAAUUCCACAAUCAUUUGAAGAUAUGUAUCAAUAAAAUCUACUUUGAGGACUUUACCAAA